UUUUUUAUUUUGUUGGAUGUAACGCAAACAGGGUACCAAAGACUUUUCCGUUAAGCGGCUAUAGAAAGAUGGUUCUUUUUGAAUGGAAAAGUGGCAGAACGGAGAGCUUUUGUAGUUGGUAGGGUAUUCAGCUCUGUUCAGCCCCGCCCUCUCAACAACCCCUGGGCUUUCAUUCAUUCCCGGCCCGGUCACCGCGCGCGUCGCCUGCGGCCAUUUUAAAUCGCUCGCGUAAAAAUAAACAUUCGAAAUUUGAAAUUGAGUUCCGCUUACACGGCAGUUUUCGUGACGGUAGAAGACUAGAGAUGCCGUGAAGACCUAAAUUCUACAUAAAAACGGCUACCUUCAAUAUAUCACAAAAAUAUCUAUUUACAAACAAAGUACCUUCACUGACAAUAAAACGCCAAACUGUUUAAAAAUAGAAUUAUUUUCAUAUUCCAUUUACGAAACUAGAUCUUACCAUUCCAUAUUUGAAAUAACUUUUUAAAAAUGAGCUUUGAUUCGCCAUCGUCUGCCAAAAGGCUAAAUUUGGAACGGGCAAAUAAUUUUAUGAGACAAUUCAGGGAUCCUGAUUCUAGGGAGUUGAAGAAACUGUCCGCGAAUCAAUUCAUGGAAGUGUGGAGUCACUACGAUCGGGACGGUAAUGGCUACAUCGAGGGCACGGAGCUAGACGGGUUCCUGCGGGAGUUCGUGUCCAGCGCCAACUUCACCGACAUCAGUCCCGAUGCGGUGUCGGAUUCUAUGUUGGUGGAGCUGAAAGCAUGUUUCAUGGAGGCCUACGAUGACAACCAAGAUGGAAAAAUCGAUAUACGAGAGUUAGCGCAGCUAUUGCCAAUGGAAGAGAAUUUCCUCCUGCUGUUCCGAUUCGACAACCCGCUAGAAUCCAGCGUCGAAUUUAUGAAAAUAUGGCGAGAAUAUGACACGGACGGCAGCGGGUACAUAGAGGCCGACGAACUGAAGAAUUUCCUCCGAGAUCUUUUGAAAGAAGCGAAGAAGAUCAACGACGUGUCUGAAGAUAAGCUCAUAGAGUACACGGAUACCAUGCUCCAGGUGUUCGAUUCGAAUAAAGACGGCAGGCUACAGCUCUCAGAAAUGGCCAAAUUGCUGCCAGUCAAGGAGAAUUUCCUCUGCAGGCAGGUAUUCAAGGGAGCGACGAAGCUGACUAAGGAUGACAUUGAGCGUGUCUUCUCGCUUUACGACAGGGACAAUAAUGGCUCCAUCGAGAACGAAGAGCUGCGCGGCUUUCUGAAGGAUUUAUUAGAAUUAGUGAAAAAGGAUUACGACGCCCAGGACCUCCUAGAGUUCGAAGAAACCAUCCUCCAAGGCGUAGAAUACAGUAGCGACGGCAAAAUCAGCAGGAAACAGCUAACCAUGAUCCUUCUAGCACUUGCCAAGCACCAUCAAGAAGAAGAAGUCACCACGCCGUAAACUCGCGAGCGCGCGUCCGCCACUCCGUCCCGAUUUCUGAACGAAUUUUCUAGCUGUCACCACAGGUCUGUCCAGACGAGAACAAUUUUUCGCCAAUCUGAUUAAAUUGUCCGAUCAAAUCAGGUGGUGUGGACACAAACGCCAAUUUGGCCACUUUCACCUAUUUUAAAUUUAUGGUGAUAUUUGAGCGCUCUAAUUUCAAAAAAUGCCCCCAAACGCGAAUACUAGCGUCACAAAUUGGUAUUCUUGUGUCCGCACCCCAUUUUAUCAGUAAUAUCGGUCAUAAUCGGCGAGCCAAAUUGGCGUUUGCAUCCGCACCGCCUAUUUGAUCGGACCAUUUAAUCAGAUUGGCGAAAAAUUGUCCCCGUCUAGACACGCCCUUAAAGCGGUCUACAGAUUGUACGAUUUUACUUCGAUUUGCCAUUGCGUAAACUUUUAACAGUGCAUCGGUUAGAAUCACAUACCUAUCUAUUUGUUAGUAAUUCUACAGAUGUAGCGCAUAAUUGUGUCGCUUAACUUCAAACUCGGGUAAAUCCAUUCGACCCACUCAGCAAAUAUCUACCCCAUUAUUUUAAUACCAAAAUCGCAUUAUCUGACAGAUGGAUUUACCAACGCUUGAAGUUAAGCGACUCAAUGAAGAAUAAGAAUAGAAUAGGAAUAAGAAUAAGUUUAUUUCAAAAGAACACAAAACAGAUUAUGUCAGGGGUCUCCGCAUAGGCUACGCCUGUAUCGCGGGGAACCAGUUACAGUUUAUUUAUUCAAUCAAGUUUAAACAAGAGAUCUAAGUUACACAAUCAAGUCCAGUAAUAUCUUAGUUGUUUUCCGUAUUUUACGGAAACGUACGAACGUGUCUUGCUAUUUCAGUCAGUCUCGAUACAAAUAUUACUGAGGUUGACUGAAGUAGCAUGACAAAUACGAACGUUUCCGAGAAAAUACGAUGGAAAACAAUUAUGCACUACAUCUGUUACUGUUAAGUCUCUUGGUUAGAAUCUCGCAUUUGUUAGUUAUUGUACUGAUAAAUCCCUUUUAACUCUUUUCCAAGUUCAUGCUCCUGCGGAACUGCAAGUAGGAUUUGUUGUUGUACUGUAUAUAUUUUCUGUAAAACUUUUUACAGUACAUAUUGUGUUACUUUACCUCCCUAGUGUGGUAUCUAUACGUGCGUAUGUCGAAAGUUUAAAGGGCCAUAUGUACCGUAAAACUUUGUACAAUACACGUGCGAAAAGGUAAUUCGCAACUCAUGUCGAAUUUCCUACAUUUCGGACUUGUAUCGUAAUGUACUGUUGUUUUCAACGUGGUGACCACCUUAUUCAAAGAUUUUUUAUUUAUAGUUCCUUAUUAUACUCUGAUUACUCUGUCGUUGCACACUUCGAGACAUUUGUAUUGAUUUAUAUAUUGAUAAAUUAUAAUUGGUAUUUAAAUGAUUUAUUAAGAAAAUAUAUGGGUCGCUACAAAGUACGUUUACUAGCUCAUUCGAUUCAUUCGCGAUUUUCGCAUUUUUUUGCUACAUGCGAAUUUAAACGCACUAUAAUUAUGUGGUUUAAGGUGUAUUUGGGCCAUUCCGAAAAGUUCAGAAUUUCAAAUAAUUCCAAAAAUGGCCUAAUAUAAUGGAAUUAUGCGUGAUUUUUGCAAUCAACCUACAUUUUGUAAUAUCUGGAAUUACCCGACUGCACAUUAUAGUAUGAAAAUAUGGUCGGGCAACGCACGAUGUGUGAAUUCCUGUGAAUAUUUACCUAUAUCUAGUCAAUAUAGGUACCUGCUUUGUAAUAACAGACAUAUUAUCAUAAGUACCCAUUUUGUACCUUAUCACAGUGACAAUCAAUAUGAAAGUCCCUAGAGACCUCAUACUAUUGUCUCUGUGACAAGGUGCAAAAUGGGUCAUAAAUUAAUACUUUCGACUGUACCCUCAAGGAAAGGGUCAAUAUAAAAGAAUAGAAAUUAGAAAAAUAAACGAGAUUUUAAUAAUGGCAAGCAAUGAACACCUUACGUCUACCAGCCUCUAGGCCUCUACCACAAAAUAAAUAAUAGCAAAGUCUAUUUUUUUUAUUCGGUAGACUAAAAUGACAUUACAUACUAUGAAAUUACAUUUUAUGUUCAUACUAGGAAAUGUCAUUUUAGUCUACCGAAUAAAAAAAAUUGACUUUAGGUACUAGCGUACAGAAAAGAAACUUCCUACAAAACCGAAGUUUGACAGCGGUUCAGGAUCGAAUCAUGUUAAUGGAAAUUUCAGGAAAAUUUCACAGGGAAUAAAGGGAAACAUAAUUUCGGACAUUGAAAAUUUCGAUUUCCAUACAAAAAGCGAGUUUUCGAAAUUUUGCAUGUGGAAAUAUCGCAAUUUUCGCAAUGUACCGACGGUAAGGUGUAAGGUUGAGUACAAAGGAUGUAGGUGGUAUGUUAUGUUGAUGGAUAUUUUGUUAAUUCAGUUAAUUGUGUUUAUCAUGUAAAUGCAACAUUAGGUAAUUUAAUUUGCUUGGUAUUGUGCCAUUUAAAUAUAUUUGCAAAUGUAUACGACAUUACUAAAACAUAGUACGGAAGUACCAUGCCAUAAGGGUAUUCUAUAGUCCGAAGAGAAAUUGUAGAAAAUAAAUGAGGGCGCCACUUCUUACGUAACUGUCACAUUUUUGAUGUAAAAUUCUUAAACAUGGCAACAAUUUAGAAUGGAUUUUUUUUAGUUCGAUUUUAUAUUUCUACUUUUUUAUGUCGCACUAUAACAUCCGCUGUUUUAUUGUUAAUAGUACAUUACAUACCUAGGGAGGUAAAUUCGUAAAUGCUCCAGAUCGCAGGUGUUUGUGGCCCCAACCCAAGGUGAGGCUUUUACAUUUACCGCCCGUGGUUUGUAUAAAGUUUUACGUCUUGCCUUGGCCAGAAAGUGAGAUUUUCUUCCCGUCCCGUGGGAAGAAAAUCCCACUUACGGGCCUAGGGUGACGUAAAAUGUUUUAAAUAAAUUAAAUGUAAUUGGAGAAUGCGUAAGAACGUAUAUUUAGAACGUGUAACCAGGGUUGUUAACUAAAUUAAUUAACUUAUAAAAAGUAGAUUGUGUGAAAAUGAAACGUAUCUAAUUAUUAUUUUACUUUCCAGUAAAACUUUGUGUAGACACAAUUAUCUUUAAUCCGUGAGUAAAUCUCUUAAAAAUUCAGCUUAUAUCAUUGAAAACUACUGUAUUGUAACUCUUGAAACUCUUGUUAACAACUUGCGGUUAAAAAUAUUACUUAAGCCAAAUCGAAUGCCAAAUAUUUAAGAUUUCCCUGCAUAUUUUCAUAAAUCAUAUUGUAGGAAAAUGUAGAUUUUUACAUCCAUAAAUAUCAUUACAAAAAAGGUACUCCUACAUAUCAUAAAACAUUUAAAAAGUUUUUAAUGAAAACACCUAGUAAAACAUUUUUGAUAAGCACAAAACAUUUUAAUAGAAAAAAGUCUCAAAGAGCUUUUUAACUAAUAGAUGAAUAUUUAUGAAAUAAAAGUCCUACAGCACUAAUAAAAUAAAGUGCAAAUUUAUUAACAAUCUUAAAUCAUUCUUUUCACAAAAAUAAUUUUAGAUCUUCGAACAUCCUUCGCAAAGUAUUUUUUUAUUAAAACGUGUUAUAAAUUCGUAAAAUUAAAUCCAUUAUGAACUGGACUGAAAAACAACAAUUUGGUAUUUGGGUAAAACAUAAAGUAUUGUUUAUUUAUUUAUUUGUAAAUAAUAAUGGAUUUAGAAUUAACAAGAAUAUGUAUUUAAUUGUUGUUUGUUGUUGUUAAUUGUCUGUUUUAAGUAUAAAAUAAUUAAUAAUUUAAUUUAUUGAUGUUUAGAAUGUCUAUUUACCAAUGAUGUAUUUAUUAGAUGGUUUAAGACAGAUAUCCGGUAAACAACAGAAAAUAUGUUAUAAACAUGUAUUUUGUUACUGUAAUUUUUAAUCCAGUGUACAUCUGGGUGCGUAGCCAACAUGCCUAUCGUUUACGCUCCGUAACGAAAGAAACGCAACAGUCACUGUCGGACUAAUGUGGAAUAGUGAUAUAGAGACAAAGCGUUUCGUUGUCGUAGCGCCAGCGAUUGUCACCUUGGCUAGGCACACUAGUUUCUCAACUAAAAAUCACAAUUAUUUACGAAAUGCAAUAUUUUUAUACAAUAACAGUGGAUAUUUCAGCCAAUAGCGAAGUUUGCAAAAAAAACUACAUAACCACUGCUUGACCCUAUCGUGUGGUAACAAAGACAGAUAUACAGGCGUAUGAUGAUUUGAAUAACAAGUUGUGAAAUAGAUCUGAAUUAGUUAUGGAUCUAAUUCAUAACCUGUUAUUAAAAUGAGAAUAAGCUUCAUAGAUGUGCAAGUAGAGGAAAUUUUCCAGAAAGUUGAAAAGGUUCUGGCUGGAAAUUUCGCAAGUUUUGGAAACAUUCCGAUCACAUCAGUAAAGUCAUUCAGCACACCACGUGGUGACUAUGCAUCAUCUAUUCAUCUAUAAUACCUGGGCCACAAACAUUCGUAAGUAUUCGUACGAACGUUCGUAAAUCACGUGAACGUUUGCACGCAUAGUGAUGGCUGUCAGAUGGUCAUUCGCGAAAUACGCGCGGGUUCGCAUAUUUGCAACAAAGUCAAUGACUGUCAUUGCUUCUACGCUGUUGAUUGCUUAAUAUA